GAACCACGGAAGGUGAUUUUGUCUCACACAAAUCGAAUGCUCAAAAUGGCGUAGGAGUUUGUUUAGGAGCUGUGAAUUGAGGGUUUGCUUUUCUUUUGAAGGUAUAAGACUGGAAAAAGACGUUCAAUGACAGUCAAGAACAUGUCGAACAGAAAGAAAACAUUUACACAAUCGGAUUUGUCGGUUAUCGAAGUUAAAUCUAAGUUUGAGGCGGAAUUCAGGCGGUUUGCAAUUAAACGAGGGAAAAUUUCAACAUAUGGAGAUUUCUUUGACCUUGUCCAAACGGUCCAUCGUUUGUAUGAAGUACCGUUUACCAUAUGGUACAAGGAACCCCUUCAUGGCGAUGUUUUGCCGAUAAAUAAUAAUGAAAAUUGCCUUCAUGCUUUGAAUACUGCCCAGCCAAUGCUCCGAUUAUUUUUGCAAAGAGCAGGCGACGCGGAAGGAUUUAUAAAUGGCACGUUGCCACGGGAGUCCAAGCGAAAGAGUGUCUUCAGCACAUUCGGAGUUGGGACCCUAACAAAUGCUGUUGCGCCACCCGUUAACAUGGCUAAGCUCGCUAUUGGUGUCCCACAAGAUUUUCGACGCGUUUCAGCAAUUAUCGAUGUCGAUAUUCUACCCGAAACUGUCCGGCGUGUCCGACUAUGCAAGCAUAAUUCGGAUAAACCAUUGGGGUUCUACAUUCGUGAUGGCACAAGCAUACGGGUCACUUCAAGUGGCAUCGAGAAGGUGCCAGGUAUUUUCAUAUCUCGCCUUAUCCCUGGAGGUUUAGCUGAUAGUACCGGACUUCUGUCAGUGAACGACGAGGUUCUUGAGGUAAAUGGUAUCGAGGUCACAAAUAAGAGCCUCGACCAGGUGACGGAUAUGAUGGUUGCCAAUAGUCACAAUUUGAUAAUUACUGUCAAACCAGUGAACGAGAUUCCAACGAAAUCAAGCAGUUUGAAGUCACAGCCGAACAAUGGUGUAUCACGUCGUGUAACCACCACUAAUUCUAUGCCUCCUAACAUGAAACCAUCUUCUAACGGAAAGUAUGCUCCUCCAUCGAGGCAAAGUGGCUUCGUCGAGCAUACUAGCGAACCAUUACCAGAUAGUGACGACGAAGAACACCCUGUAAUUUCUGAUGGUGUUGUUCACGUUUAGUUACAGCUCAACCUUUUUAUGCGACUUUAGACUAGCCUGGGUUUAUUUUGGUGCUAUGCAAAUAUUUGGGCAACGCAGUAGCUCUACAGGACGUUCUGUAUGAACUCUGCCUUUUCGUAGUGUAACGCACAUAUUUGCCGUCGUGAAAGUAGCUCCAUGGCAACAGCAACAUUCGGCUGCUAAUUCAGUUGUUUCAUGCUUCAAUAUAUGUAAAAAAAUUUUGUAGGUUUUGUAAAAUAUCGUGUGUUUUUAGGUUCUAGUUUUUCGGCAUAUAGGCAGCUAGAUUUCGAGAUCUGUUUUUACCUAAAGAUGAUAUUAAAGUUCCUGUACGUUGUUAGAAAUCAAUAUUUGAAAGGUAUGUAUACAUUGAAACGUUCUCGUCAUUCCUAACAAAUUAUUGCCUUUAGUUAAUGGGUAAAUGUUUUUUCAGGAUGGUUUUCCCAAUAACCUUACUUAGCCUGCCAAAGACCAUCUCGGAGUUCGCGACGCCAUGAUGGAAUUCUAUUGUUCUAUAGCUAGUUCCAAUCCCUCAGUUAGGACAAACCAGCAAAAAAUUCAAGAUGGCUAGAGGCUGCUCUUCCAAUUUUUAACAGAAAAAUACUAAGAAAUAAAAUCUGAAAAUCGUUAAUUAACAAUGGAACUUGGUUCAGAUACAUAGGAAUUUACAAAUCUUGAUGAUAUAGGCCGCCAUUAUAGCUAUUGCGGUUUUUCCCCACUUGUGUCAUGGCGUCGCGAAUUCCUAGAUGGACUAUUAUCCACCUUGCACACUUUGCAAUAAAAGUUGUCCAAACAUUCAGAAGAGAAUCCUCAGGGCCUAUGCAUAUUGUUUGCACCGUGUAAGCGGCCCCAGUCUCUUUUUGAAUAUUUAGGGUCUCGUCCUGAUUCUGAAUGAGAACUUUUUAUGUUGCUCUUUCGACUACAGCUCAGAAUGACUCAUUAGAUUUUUUAUAAACAGUAUGCUACCCUUAACGAUAAAAUACUUUUAUAGGCUUUUAAAAGAAAUCGUUGACCGUUAACGAUCAACAUUCUUAUUCUAAAUGGCACCGAAUUGGAUAAAAGCAUUAAUAUUUCUAUUAAUGUUUCAUCUGUUAUCCUAGGAAACCAACUAUAUUUGUAAUUACCAACAUCCCGGCGAAGGGCACUCACGAACUUCUCGUCAUCUGCAAUUUUCAAUACUGUUUCUAUAUUCAAUGCCGGCAUUGUAUUUGAGUAAAUAAAAGAAUAUAAAGAGGAAACAUUUUGUGAUCAAAAUUUUGUCUUACGUGGUAGUUAGUUAACAUAGAUAAAUUAAUGUUGCCCUUGUUACACCAGCCAGGCGAACGUGAUCUCAAGAGCCUCUUUCCCAUGGCAAUUUUCGACCUUUCAGUUCCUUGCAAUAUCAGACGUUGCAUUUCUUUCCAAUGACGUCAGCUGCUCUUUACGUCACCACCCGCGUUGUUGAUAUGAUCAAAAUAUAUAUUGAGUAAACGGAAACCGGUUGAAAUUCAGUGUUGGAUUCAUCAAGUAGCACCAUAAGACUGCCAGACGAUCAUUACACGUUUUUUUAUAAGGAACCUACCUUAAGGCCUAGUUCCAAAAUUUCCUUAUUCGUAGACCUCAAAUCGUCAAAUUGUAGUACCAAAGUUCCUUAAUUGUUCCUUAAUUUGUUUUGACUAAAAUAAGCCUUAGCGCGUAAUAGAGAGAGGGGCGAGACAGCAUAUGAUGAAACUACUCAAUGAAGCACUUGACACACGAAUAGCAAACAAUCUAUGCGAGUAUUGGCUGCAAGUGAAUGGAACCAGCUUUUUAGUUCUUGAUGCUCGCAGUUAUAAACAUUUUUCAAAUCGAAAAGUUCCUUAGGGAUUUCGUUUUUAGUAGUACAAGUUCUUUUAAUAUUUUGGCCUUCUACAUGUAGGUUCCUUAUAAAAUGGUUCCUUAUAAAAAGAGCGUGUAUUGGUAUGAAAUGAGGAAUGAUAUUUAAAAACGAUAAAAAGGGGCUGUAACACCCACAAACAGAAUCGUGAAGGCGCCUUGGGGUAUGACCUUUGACUGUAUUGCCAACAAAACUGAACUGAAUGAAAUUAAAGCUAACCUCAAAAAAAGUUAAUUGGUAAAACAGCCAGUGUCAUAGAUGGAUCUCCAUUUUAGAUACGUCUAUUCUUUAUUUAGUUUCGCCCCCCCCCCCUUUACCCUCCGCUAGGCCUGUCUUUAAAGUUAUUCCUAGUUUUGUUUGGAUCUUAAGCCCUUCCCAACAAAAGCCACAUUGCAUUAAGAAUGAGCAGUUUGUUUACAUUUUUAAUGAUUCCAAAAUCCAAGACUAUUAGCAUACUCGAACUGCAACAACGUUCCUUCCCCCUUGUUGAAAAGUGCAUACGUGCAGUUGGAAACAUGGAGUGGACUAGUAUCUUUGUACUUUGAAGUCCUCUACAAGUAUAGAUUCUUAUGAAAGUGAAAAAGGAAACAAAUUCGUGCAAUGUAAUGUUACGUACGGUAAGGGUUUAUGUUGGCAAUUGCUCUUUUAAGAGCUUUCAAUAGGUUGUAUGCCUUAGUGAAACGUAAUCUUAGGUUUUCAACUGCCGCCUGAUAUAGAUAAUUCUAAAGUUUUCGAGAGGUGGUUGCUUCACUAUGUCUUUAGCCAUUAAAGUCUAGUUACUCACAAUACUGUUUAACGUUUUAUAACCCUAUCAGUUCAGUUAGAGAUUAUGAACAUUAAGUCUGCCGAUCUAAGGUAGCCCAAUUUUAUCUCAACAGCCAGCAUGAUUUAUUUUUAAUGUAAUUGACAUGGCUCAAGGUUUUUGUAAUACUUAGGAGUUACGUUCAAUGAAUUUUAUUCAUAGUUUUAUAAUAAUAGCCCGGAUACGCUCAUCUUGCUAUCUUGCUGAAUGGCAAUUAUUCAUUGGCAAUGUGGCAAGGCAUGCUGGGAUGCGAUCGCACCUUAAUCCAUUCUUAAUUAACGGCCACCUUUUAUCAUAAUCUCCGCAGCAGUUUCUCUCUGGAAAUUGUGCCCUUCCGUAUCCCUUCUUUGAAUAUUUCACAUCCCCCUAAAUACAACGCUGGGUACCAAUUACUUUCCAUCUGACAAGUUUCAGGCUUUCAACUUCUCUCGGUACCCGCUAGUCACAAAUUUUGUUCGAGAAAAUGAAACAGGCUUCUCAAAAAUUGAAUUUUUAAGAUAGACCCUGACUGUUUUGGGCACUUAGUCCUUCAAAAAACCCUCAAGGAGCAUUCUUGCUUGGAUAAACUAAAGGUUUUGAAUCGAUUGAGGAUCAGGACAAUUUCUACAUAUCUUCCCCACCCCAUAUUACACGUAUGUAGCUUUGAUAAAUUCGAUACACUUUUAAGAGCAAAUACCUCGAUACGAUUGUUGAAACAUUUUUGAUCACAUGUUAAUGUAGUAAUGUGAUAUCGCAAGUGGGAUACUUUGACCCUAAGAAAUUACUGUUGGCGUAAAAGAUAAUGAAAUGUGUAUGUAAAGCGUUUAAAAACCGAUGUAAGUUAUGUAUUUUGGAUAAGAAAAUUUGGGAUUUCAUUUUGAA